GCAGCGGCAAGACGAAUCGAGUUGAGCGGCAAUUUUCUGAAUCCGACCAUCACUUUUGACACUCACACACUCGACACCACCACACCACACUACCACUUCGCCAUGGCGCUGGACGAGGCAGAUCCACCGCCGCCGCCGUCGACGAGCAAUGGCCAUCGCCACACCAAGGGCCUAGUAGCAGAAGAGCACCAUUACCCACCUUCGACACCGCACCUCAAUCCGCACAAUCUCCUCAUCCUCUCCCACCAGUCACGAGGAAGGGGCGUAUAUGCCUCCAAAUCGAUGAGCGCAGGUACUUUGUUGGAGAUCAGCCCCGUCCUCGUCUUUGAGCCAGAGGAGUGGCGCAAUUAUGGCUGCAAGACUGUACUGGAUAGCUAUACCUUCAAAUGGAGCGGCAUGGGAGCGCAUGCACUUGCCCUCGGACUUGGCUCCCUCUUCAAUCAUUCCCCGCACCCCUCAGUCUCCUUCACACUGGACAGACCCUCCCACUCGAUCCGCUACACCCUCGUCCGCGACGUUGUAGCAGGUGAAGAGCUCUGCAUCUCCUACGGUCCAUGGGGCAAGCAGUACGAGUCCACAAAUGGCAACGUCGUAGCGGGAGAAAGUGACGCAGCUGCAGACGAGACGGAUGAGGAACAGCGUUGUAGCAGGGAUCUGGACGAUAUGCUUCGAAUUGGGCAGGAGAGAGGAGCAGAGGGGAGUGGAGCAGAGAGUGAGGCGAGUGGGAGUAGUCCGAGGAGACAGCUACCAAAGAGGAGAACCAGGACGAGGUAUACGGGGGCGAGUGGGUCUACUGCGGCUCCAGCUCUGGCCUCAGCCUCAGCAUCAUCGUCGAGCGCCAUCAAGGAUCAACAGCAACAAUCACCCGCAUCUCUCACCCCGCAACCGCCACGCCGCACAACAACGCGCCUCACCACGCCACCCCCAUCCAUCCAAUAUGCGGCCAGCUGCGUCUCCUCCCACCCAAUUUGGCGUCUCACUUCCCUCCCCGACCCCGCCACCAUCCCUCUAACCCUCAUCCCCUGCUGGGCCCUUACCAUCUCCCCCACAUCGUCCAGCUCCGUCCUCCCCUUCCUCCGCAAGCACUCCCGCGUCCUAGGCCGUGGUCCACAGCUAGGAGGCGAAGAAGACCCACUGAGGCACGCAAAGACGCUGAGUAGGAGGCAGGAGGAUGGCGGCAAGCUAAGGGCACUCGUAUGCCCGCAGGCGGCAUUGAGUGAGGAAGAGGUGAGGAGCCUAGCUGAGAGGGGGUUCGCGGCUGAAGCGGAGGUGGUCAAGGUGAAUGUGGCUAGUAGUGCUGCCCCGCUCAAGGAGAGGGCAGGGGAAUGGUGCGCUUCUUGGCCUGUGGCCUUCCGCAGCGUGCAGGCAACCGCGCCCGUAGUUCCGGCUCCUCCUCCAACUACGGCGGCGGCUGCGACUUCUCCGCCGCAAGCAGGAGCUGCAGCCACGAAUGGUAGCCGAACAAACACAGGCACUGGCACUGGUACAGGCACAGGAAGUGGAACAGAUUCGCCCACCCCUGCCCCGGUCCCGGCUCCCUCCCCCUCGCCUCAACCUCCCAACCUCUUCGUGGACCGACGAGCAGACUGCGCCUUCUGGUCACCGCCGCGCACAGCAUGGGUGAUCCGCAAGCUAGCCCGAUGCGUCCUGACGGCUAUGUCCGCCUCAUCUCGCGGCGAACUCCCAAUCGCAGUGCACAUCUGUCCCUCCAUCCUCCCCUCGACCACAAUCGGCACCAGCGGCGGCGGCGGUGGAGGUCCGGACGGGUCCGCCCACGCGCCACUGACGCUGAGCGCUGCAGCCACAACGGCGGCCGGGUGGGAUGUGGAUGGCCUGCCCCUCGAAGGGGGAGAGGCCAUCGAGGUGGACGCGGCGGAUACUCGGGUGGGGCAGCGCAACCCGAUCAAACACGCGGUGGGGAACGCCGUUAGUCGCGUGGCGGAGAUUAGGGCAGAGAGGAGGGCAGCGGUGGAUACGGCUGGGGCGAUAGGGGAAGGAUCCACAGCGGCCGCUGAGUAUCUGGCCGCAACAUCAUCGACGGGGACGACAAGGGGCUCCGCCUUUUCCUCCUCCGGAUCGGGCUUGGGCUCGGGCUCGGCCUCGGGCUUCGCCUCCCCUUCAGCAUCAGCAUCCGCAUCAGCAUCAGCGUCAGGGAGUCGUCCGGACUCCCCCUCCUCAGCAUUCCAACCCCCUUUACUCAACGGACAAGACUACCUCCUUACCUCUCUUACCCUCUUCACCACGCACGAGCCAUGCAUCUACUGCAGCAUGUCCCUCGUCCACUCCCGUGUACGGCAUGUAGUCCUCCUCACCCCUUCUCCUCGUGGAUCAGGAGGAUGCUGCGGCAGUCAGCUGCCAGAGAGUAGGAGGUGCGCAGAGGAUGGAGGGCCCUACGCUUUGCACGAGCAGAGAGGGCUUAAUCAUCGCUUCGAGGUUUGGAGGUGGAGAGGGGGAUUGGAUGUGGUGCAAGAGGAGGUGAGACGCAUCAGUGGUGAGAAGGUGGAUGUGGCUGAUCUGCUCGAUUUGGCAAAGUGGGGGAGGGCGGUUGAUCCUUGAGAGAGCGGGAAGGGGAAGAGGGAGAGGUAAAUCCGGGGAGCAUGGAGCUUAGAGCGUGUAUGUGAGGCGAAGUGGAAUGGAAGAGAAAGCAAAAAAAGUACAG